AAAAAGGAGCUUAAAAAUGGGAAAACGACUUCGAAGAGGGAGAUCAAUCUGCUGCUGCGUCUCUCCUCGCUCUUCCUCUCACUCUUCUUCAUCCUUUCUCCCUUGCUAUGAAGAAGAUUUGUGGAUAGAGAUCGCAAAGUACUUAGAUGGAAAAUCCCUGGUCAUGCUGGCAGCAACAUGUCAUUGGUUCAAGCGCAUUAUGAUGGAGGAAUGCGUAUGGAAGUAUGCAUGUUUACGUGAUCUCCAAGUUCCAGACCCUAGAAAGGUAGCAUUUGAAUGGAUCAAACUUUAUGCCACCACUUUUGAUGGAAGUCACAGUUUCAUGUUCCGCCAGCAGGAAAAACAUAUCGAUUGGAUGAGAAUUGGAGCCUUCUUCUUUGACUCAUCAGAGGCAUUUCUGACUGAGAAGCUGAUCUAUCCCUCGAGACUUGUAAGAAAUGAGAACUUAGAGAAAGUGUUGCAGUCAUUGGGUUCUUGUGUAUUAAGAAAUAUUAAGAAUGGAAUCUGGAUAGCCGAUUUGCAGCUUGUUCGAUGUCCUGUCUGUGACCAGAACACAUGUGAUGGGACGAUGCAAAUUGUGGAUGUAAGGCAUAUAGAACUGUUCCUCAGUGAGGGAUACCAGGAUGGUAGCUGGGAUUAUGAGCAGAUAGGUCACCAUGACAUUAAAAAACAUGCAGAUGGAGCUUCAGGUGGCAUUUUUGACAUCAAGCAUCUGAAGGAUGCCACGACUUCUGAGCUCUUCAAUCUCAAGUCCUGGGUGGGGCAACCAAAAGACUGGCAGCCAAAAGCUAUGAUCACUCUUCAUGCAGUUGCAGUGAACACCAACUUACAAGAUAAUGAAGGGCUCCAUAUAAAGUACCAUGUGAUGAGAGCUGGAGCUGAUGGAGAAGUUGUUUCAAUUCGAAUCUCACAGCAGCUAAUCUAACCACACUCAAAUUCCACAAAUUGUAGGAAUACCUAUAUGUACGGAACUAAAUAGAU